AUGUCGAUCAAAGAUUGGGACCCAUUGGAGUAUCAUUCCCCUCCCUCUGAGUUGGCCAUCGGCAGGUUUCAGAGAGACAUUGCUUCUUUAUUCACGAAUCCUCCUCCCGGCGUCUUCAUUCAUGUAGAUGACGAAGACUUUACUUUGGUUCAUGCCUUGAUACUUGGUCCCAGUGGUACACCAUAUGAAGGUGGUUUUUUCUACUUCCUUCUUAAAUGCCCACACGAUUACCCUUUGCAACCACCCAAAGUCCGUUUCAUGACAACAGGAGCUGGGACUAUUCGAUUUAAUCCCAACUUAUAUGAAAAAGGCUAUGUGUGCCUGAGUAUUCUUGGAACUUGGCCUGGACCCUGCUGGCUCCCAACGUGUAAUCUAGCGGCUGUGCUACUUAGUAUUCAAAGUUUAAUGAAUGAGAAUCCUUUGCUCAAUGAGCCAGGGUUCAAUGAAGAGGAUUCACCCGAUGAUGUUGAGGCCUACAACAAUUAUGUCAAGUGUGAAACAUUAAGAGUAGCAAUUUGUGGAAUGCUGAUCAACGAAACCAAUUUAAAUAUCCCUCUCCCGCUAUCCAAAUGCAUUGAAGAACACUUUGAAGCAAAUUACGAUUUUUAUGAGGGUUUGGCAAUGAAGAGAAUGGAGCAAGCAUCUGAUAUUAUAAUGGUCCCGCUCUACGCAGUUGAGUGCCUUGAUAGUUCUGAAGAAUGUCUUAAAUGCUUACACGCAACUGUUGAUGCCAUACGACAAAAAAAAAAACAACAUUAA